CUUGAACGCCGCUCCUUGCCUCCAACGUCCAACGGUCGCCGCGUCGCUCUUUCCUAGUGCGGCUCUUCGCAGCGGCCCCAAAACAACCAUAUUCCUGUCACCACCCGCGCCCCGCCGGCUGCCCCGUCAACAAACACACAAUCACUGCGAUGCGCGAUACGUCCGAUUGAAGAGGAGGAACAAGUAAAAGUCUGCGCGCACGGAAGAGCGCCGCCGUGUGGGGAGCGGUGGUGAAGAGUCCAAGGGGCGCUAUCUGGACCGCCAGCAAUCGACUUCACUCCGCGCGCACCUAUCGCAUCUGCUCACCUCUCACCGCUGCUGCAAACGAGCCGAAGACCGCACAUCGGUGCAAAGCCCUCCUUCACCUGCAAUUUAUUCAACCUCUUCCGUCCCCGCCCCGCCGCCCUCUUCUCUCCUCCAACCUCCUCAAUCCACACCACGGUUCUGCAAGCAGCUGCUAGCUACAACAUCGCGCGCCACUCCGCCAUGGCUUCAGACGAUAUCCACGCUCCCGUCCCGACGACGGAGCGAGCUGUCGACGAGGCGCGCACGCCGACCCUCAUUUCACCACCAGAAUCGAAGACGCCUCCCACGGCUACGCACAAACGCAAUCAGGCUGACUUCACCCAUGACCGCAAUUCAGAGCCUGUGGAUCCUUCAGCACUGACCAAGGCGCUGGAGCGAUUCGAGCAGGCCGGGCGGGUCAGCGACCGACCAGUUGCGAGUCCGAGUCGCAAGCGCCCGCGGCUGUAUGGUGACCGAUUCAUCCCGAAUCGUGCAGGACAGGACCUUCAGGCGAGCUUCUCCCUUCUCCAUGAGGAUGGCUCUCCGGCAACUCCAUCACGAUCUGCAAAGCGCACCCCGCAUAAUGAGCUCCAUUUCCAAAAGACUGAGGAGGCCAAUCGGACAUAUUCCGCCGUCCUUCGCCAGGAGCUGUUCGAGGGAACAGUUCCGCAGGCCUUGCCUCAGAGUUUGUCUCCAACCGACAGUGCUAUGCUGCGAAAUUCAGGCCGCUCACAUACGCCACCAGCUCGCACGACGGGGGCUCUGCCAGCCCCCAAUCUGACCCCGUCUACCCCGCACAAGAAUCUAUUCAACUACUCCGGCCAGCCAACACCCUCAAGGACCCCUUCAAGCAGGCAUGGUGUGAAUCUCAAUGCGCAGUCCGAGCUCUACAGCCUCUCACCGAUCAAAUUCAGCAGCCAACGGAUGUUGCUCAGCCCUCAGAGGACCCCACGUGCCGUGUCGAAAGUGCCGUACAAGGUGCUUGAUGCACCGGACCUCGCCGACGACUUCUAUCUGAAUCUUGUCGACUGGGGCAGCCAGAACACUCUUGGUGUGGGCCUUGGGUCCUGUGUAUACAUGUGGAACUCUGCCAGCGGCCGCGUGACCAAGCUCUGCGAACUGACUGACGACUCUGUCACGAGCGUCAGCUGGAUCCAACGGGGCUCCCACCUCGCCAUCGGCACCAACCGAGGCUACGUGCAAAUCUGGGAUGCGACGACGCAGCGCCGCCUCCGAACGAUGACGGGCCAUACACUCCGUGUCGGUGCCCUCGCGUGGAACGAGCACAUACUCACUUCGGGCUCCCGAGAUCGAAUUAUAUACCAUCGAGACGUCCGCCAGCCGGAUCAGUGGCUCCGAAAACUCGUUGGCCACAAGCAAGAGGUUUGCGGUCUGAAGUGGAACCACGAGGACGGCCAGCUUGCUUCAGGCGGAAAUGACAACAAACUCAUGGUCUGGGAGAAAUUAAAUGCCGAACCAACCUUCAAGUGGAGCGAGCACCAAGCCGCCGUGAAGGCCAUUGCUUGGAGCCCUCAUCAACGCGGACUUCUGGCAAGCGGUGGUGGCACAGCCGACCGGACAAUCAAAUUCUGGAAUACGCUUAUCUCUUCGAAUGGACCAUCUCCAUCGUCCCUCGCCGCUGCCUCAUCCGCGGCAUCUGCAUCCGGCCCGGGUAAUGUUCCGCAUUCGCCAACCGCACCAGCCAACCUCAUCAGGAGCCUCGAUACCGGUAGUCAGGUCUGCAACUUAGCAUGGUCCAAAAACAGCAACGAAAUCGUCUCGACCCACGGGUACAGUCAAAACCAAAUCAUUGUCUGGAAAUACCCAAGCAUGCAGCAGGUCGUUUCGCUCACUGGCCACACCUACCGAGUGCUUUAUCUAGCCAUGAGCCCUGAUGGACAAGUCAUUGUCACCGGUGCCGGCGACGAGACUCUCCGCUUCUGGAACGCAUUCAAGAAGAAGGAGAAGAAUGGCAGUCUCAACACCAUGGACAAAUGGGGUGUCAUUCGCUGAAGAGCUACCACUAGUGGCACCCUUUCUAACAUUGUACCAUACAGGGCUAUCGCGUCGUGUGUGCAGUGCUGCAGUGUCGAUCGCCGUUUUCUAUCAUGGAACGAUCCUGUACUAAUAUGUUUU